AAUUACUGCAAUUGUAAAAAAAAACCUGUCGUGUGGUGUUGUAGUAGCGACCGCCCGUACCAGUCAGGCUUUGCGGGGCGGAUCUGGUGUUAUGGUGGUGACACACCGCGAUCGCUGCUUUCAUCACACCACCGUCACAUCACAUCUUCCCAUAUCUGCAUCUAAUACAAGUAACCAAGAACAAAAUAAGAAAGAUGCAAGACUGUCGUAAGAUUAAAAGCUCAUCAGUCCCUAUUAUCUACUAUUGCCCGGUCUAUUCUUCGACUUCAUUUUUCCGCAGUGGUGCCGUUAACCAACGCUGAACAUAUCAGUGAUGUAGUGGCGUCGACGAGCCUCAAUACAUACCAAAUGGAUGUCGAUUUACUUUUUUAUAAUUGCAACGAUAGAUACCUUUUUUUUCGACAUUAUCACUGGAUGUGAGAUCGUGCGCCACACACCGCUACACAACACAAGGCUGUCGUAUUCCCGGGUGCUUACUCUUUCGUAGCCUCAUCGUCCCGGUCUGCGCUGCAGAUCUUCGUAUUCCAGUUGCUAUAUAUACUGUAUAGUGGGGUUUGAGCGCGUGAUAGGACCUCUCUAUGCAUUAAAUCAGAGCCCAGCUGCGCAGUUACGAUAUCAGUCAGCAGUCAGUGAUGCUUGGCAAGCGACGACGAACCAGCUUCAGGCUCUCACCAGAGGACAGCAAACAUCCUGUGGUCAUAAAGCGUCUGUUCAAAUUAUAAAUAGCUGCCUCGCCACUCUUCAAAUCAUUCCAGUACCCAUCUUCAUCAUCGACAUACAUUACAACCGCAUUCCACUUUACAUUCACACUCUCCAUCAUCACCAUGCGUUCCUCUAUCCUUACUGUUACCAUGGCUGGCAUGGCAUCCGCCGUCGUUCUCCCACGUAUCGCCAUCAUGUCCGAGUCCAAGGGAUUCCGCCUCCUCGUCCGUGUUCAUGACUACGAUACCGACCUCGCAGCUCAGGUCAACAACAAAUAUAUCGGAGGUAUUCACAUUGGCGCUGCUCGGGAGGGUGUUCUCCCUAUCUUAGAUGGUUCCAAGGGACCCGUCUUCUGGGUCAAUGGCACAGAUGCAGAGCUCCAAGCAAACCAGGGCCACGUCUUUAGCGAUCUCGAUAACGGAAUGUAUCCGCUUGGUUGGCAGAUAUACAAGAACCCCGAUACACUACUCGGAUCUGUCGAGAUGGCUCCAGGUCUCCAAACCGCGGGAGUUUCCGUCUUUGAUGGAGGACUCGAUGGCCCUGCCUACCUCCAGCCCACCGAUUACAUGGCCUGUCUGAGACCUGCCGUUUACACCGGCGAGCUUACGCCGUUUAUCUUCCAACGCGAUACCAAAGAUAAUGCGAAGCUGCCAGAGGACUGUGUCAUUGUGAAGCUGCUUCCCGAAUGUGCUUACCUCCAGGACCUUCCUGCUGGCGCUACAUACAACCAUGACCAUGCGCAGACGUCGCGUUGCUACGUCGAUGCUUUCGACGGCGGCUACUAGCGUAUCAUCUUCGGCUCUUCAAGUAUAUACUUUUAUUUACCUUUGAUAUAAUACCAUAGAUGCGAAAAAAAAAAUUCACAAAUAUAUACUUGAAAUUUUGUAGUUUGAAUCAGUCGUGAAAUGUAAACCGCUAAU